AUGAAGACCUCGGCAACCCUCGUCCUCGCCGCCUCUGCGUUGGCCUCGGCUCAAGUCGUUUACAACUCGACGACGGGCCAGUACCUCUGCUCACGCCCCAACUCGGCUUUCUGCGCUGGCGACUCCUUCGGCACGGACAUCAUCAUCCGCUGCGACGCCAACGGUUUCGGCCAGCCCGGCCGCUGCACCAACAAUCUCGCUGGCCAGUUCCCGUUCGGCGUCCAGCCCGCCCUAUGCUGGCAGUCCCAGCCCCGGUCCGGCGACGCCGCCUGCGAGAAGAACUGCAUCGUCUACGCCAGUCAACCCUUCCGGCUGCCCCCGAGCGUCUGCACCCCCUACGCGACCGCCUCCGGCACCGGCGCCGGACCGACCCUCACAACCCCCGUCGGGCCUUCCCGUCCGGUCGUGACCAAUGGCACGACCAGUAGGACAAUCGCGCUCUCAAGCUCCUUGAGGCUCCCGUCCUCUGUGGGGUUGUCGUCCACCACGAGGCCCCUGUCAUCUGUGACGCGACCUACGGGAACCGGCGGCGCGCCCAGCUCCUCCGGCAACGGCACCGCCCUGUCGACCAGCCGCGGAGGUGGUAGCUCCGGCAGCCUGUCCGCAACCCGCACCCCCAUCCCGCCCUCCAGCUCUGUCCGCCCCGUCACCGUGUCAACCGGCGGCGCUGUGGAGAAUACCGCGGGGUACCUGGCUGUUGCCGGUCUCGUGGCCGCCUACUUUAUCUAG